CGCUCUCCUCACUUCCAAACCCCCCCUGCUUCUCUCUCUCUCUCUCUCUCUCUCUCUCUCGGCCCCCUGUUUGACCAUUGGAAACUCUUCUUCUUCUCUUGUUUUGUCCUCAUCUUCUUGGCCAUGAAGGACGGCGGGAUGCUCCCAAAAUCGUCGAGCUCUGGCUCCGACCAGAAGGGCCUCUUCGCCGUGGUCAGGACCCGGCGGACGAAGCUCUUCGCCUACGGCUUCGCCUUCGCCUUCGUCGCCUGCACCACUUUCCUCGCCUUCAAUCCUUCCAGCAACGGCUCCCCUUGGUUCAACAACCUCUUCAGCUCUGCCUCCUUCUCCUCUUCCACCGCCUCGUGUGGAUCCCAGAUUUCCUCCCUCUUUUCCUGUAUCUUCCCCAAUUCCUCUUCGCCCUCCCCCGGAAAGACGCCUGCUUUGCUGCGAAAUUCGGGCAAGGAAGUGUCGGCAGGGGGCAAUCAGACGGGGAAUGGCGUUGGGUCCCAGAAAGAUGGGAUUUUGGGGAGUAAGAAUCACACGAAUGCCGGAAUUGGGUCACAGGGUAGUGGAGCUCCCGGGAAAAACCCGGCGGAGAAAGGCGUUUCUGCUAAGAAUCCGUUGGAUGGGGGGGCGGGGUCGAAGAAAGGUGGAAACUUGGCCACGAAGAACCAAACGGGAAGUGGAAUAAGUGGAGUUGCGGGAAAGAACCAGACUGGAAAGGGGGUUCCUGAGAAGAAUCAGACGAAGGAGGGAGUUGGCUCCAAGAAAGAUGGAGUCUUGCCGGAGAAAAACCAGUCGGUGAGUGGAGUUGGAUUGCAAGGAGGUGGAGUUCUUUCAAAGAAUCAGACGGAAAAAGGAGUUGCCACAAAUGGAAAUGGAGUUUCGGGAAACAAACAGGGGGAAUCAAGAGCCAGUCCUCAGAAAAAUGGAGUACUGGCCAAGAAUCUAUCAGCUAAUGGAGUUCCGGCAAGUCAAAAGAGUAGCGAAGCUCCGGCGAAGGCCGAACAAAAAGCUUCACUCAGAAAGCAAGAUGGUUCCAUGGCAUCGACUUCAAGGAGCAGCGGUGGGAAGAGAGAUGAAUGGAUCAAUGCUUUGAAAGAUUGUGAUAUAUUCCAAGGGAAUUGGGUGAAGGAUGAUUCAUACCCACUCUAUCCUGAGGGAUCUUGCCCUCACAUUGAUGAACCCUUCGAUUGCUAUCUCAAUGGAAGGCCGGAUCAAGCUUACCAGAAACUCCGGUGGAAGCCCAGUGGUUGCAACAUCCCGAGAUUGAAUGCAACUGAUAUGUUGGAGAGAUUAAGGGGAAAGAGGCUGGUUUUUGUCGGCGAUUCGCUCAAUAGAAACAUGUGGGAGUCUCUGGUUUGUGCUCUAAGACACUCUGUGAAGGAUAAAAAGAAGGUUUUCGAGGCAUCUGGUAGGCAUGAAUUCAGGACUGAGGGUUCCUACUCUUUUAUGUUCAAGGACUACAACUGCUCUGUGGAGUUCUUUCGCUCCCCUUUUCUUGUUCAGGAGUGGGAGAUGCCGGUAAGCAGUGGGAAGACAAAGGAAACGCUUCGGCUCGACAUAAUUGAGAGAUCAUCUCCCAAGUAUAAGGAUGCAGAUGUCCUUGUCUUCAACACUGGGCAUUGGUGGACUCAUGAGAAGACCUCCAAAGGGAAAGACUACUACCAAGAAGGCAACCAUGUCUAUAGUGAACUCAAUGUUGUGGAAGCAUUUCACAAGGCUCUUACUACAUGGGCAAAAUGGGUGGACACCAAUGUUAACCCUAAGAAAACACUCGUCUUCUUCAGAGGCUACUCCGCCUCGCAUUUCAGUGGGGGUCAAUGGAAUUCUGGUGGCCAAUGCGACCAAGAGACGGAGCCCAUUAAGAAUGAAAAAUAUCUCUCUCCCUACCCACCAAAGAUGCACGUCUUAGAAACUGUUAUCAAGGGAAUGAAGACCCCUGUCUCUUACUUGAAUAUCACAAGAAUGACCGACUACAGGAAAGAUGCCCACCCUUCCAUCUACCGUAAGCAAAACCUCACCGAGGAGGAGAGGAGGUCCCCUGAGAGGUACCAGGACUGCAGCCACUGGUGCUUGCCGGGAGUGCCUGAUUCUUGGAAUGAGCUGCUAUACGUACAGCUAUCGAUCAAACAGCAUCAACUAUUACAGUAAGUUGACAAUAAAGAGGUGGACACUCAAUGGUGGUUGUUUGUAUAUUAAUUCUAUAUGGCAGAAGCGAAUAACCAAGGAGCGGAUCAAAGUUACGCCGUCUUUAUAAAGAGAAACAAAGUGAGUUUUGUUGAAGAAGAAAGGUUCAGAUAUAAGUUAUUUAUGUACCACAAAGUGGAAAGUGUGCUGUUUGUUAGUGAUCUCCCUCAUCUAUACACAAUUCUUUUGAGCCUUUUUAGGAUUAUAGAGUUCACAUAAUGUGUUAAUUUAGAAUAAGAAUGCCAUUUCUGUGAUUAUAAAGCAUUUUGUGUCUAUUUCAUUC